AACACUCACGCCUGGCCUCAUCGUCAAUUCCAUGUUUAUUUACAAAAUAUGGCCACAUGUAACCGCAGUGGGGUUAAGCCGCCAAUUUAUUCAUAGUGAUGUCAAAUGUCAGUUGAGUUAAAUCGAUUAGUGAUGUCAAAAGUUAAUUAAAGUGGAUCAAUCGAUUGUUAGUAGAUAGGUGUUAAUUGAGUUUUGAAACUUUUAUGUGGAGUAGUUAUGUGGUUUUAUCCGUGAUUGAUGACCAGCCCUCACAGUAUUGGAUGUGAGUGAAUCGGCAGGCAGUAUGGCGGAGAAUAGCAAUUCCACUAUGGAGAUGGGCACCAGUGACCAGGUACUGGUGGCCGCGAAGAAAAAGAAAAGGUUAACUUUCAUACUUGGUUUCGUCGCCAUGCUAGUCGUCCUAGCCGUUGUGGUUACACUAGUCGUAGUACUACCAACAGGAGACGGUGGUACUACAGAACCCAUCAUAUCAACAACUGCAGGACCCACAGUGCCAUCUACAAUAACAGUACCGACCAGUUCCACAACAGAAGCUACCACGCCUAUUGAAAUACCACCGCCAACAACACCAGUUGUUACAACAACACCAGUUGUUACAACAACACCAGUUGUUACAACAACACCAGUUGUUACAACAACACCUGGGGGUGAUACUGGAGGACCAACAGAGUCCAUUUCAACUGAUUCUACAACAGAAACAGUUACAACUGAGUCCACAACAGAAGCAGUUACGGUUCCACCUGAGACUAUAAUCGAUUUGGAGGACAUUAUUGGUGAUACAUAUUCCCCACCAACCUUUGAUGCUACUUGGUCUGAAGGAAGCAAUGUUAUAAUUCGAAACGAUAAUGGUGACUUAGUUCUGUUAGAUGUUGAGACAAAUACAACUGAGACAUUGGUUUAUAAUACAUCUGAGAUAUUACAACGUUCUUCAAGAGCGGUGCUUUUGUCUCCUAAUGGGGAUGAAGUUGCAUUGUCUUACAACGUCAUACCGCUGUACAGAUACAGUUUCCUUGCCGAAUACGCUGCGAUCAAUAGAGUUUCUGGCAACCCCGUGGAAAUUUUGCCUCCGGGUGUUACCAGGAACACAGAGGCGCUGCUCCAGAAUUUCGUUUGGGGUCCUACGGGAACCUCGCUGGCCUUCGUGUACCUGAACAACAUUUACUACAAAGCCAACUUGACCGCUGAUGCAGUACCAGUUACUACUACAGGACUGGUCAAUGUCAUCUACCAUGGUAUACCUGAUUGGGUUUAUGAAGAGGAGGUAUUCUCAUCUAACAGCGCCCUCUGGUUCUCUGAGGACGGAACUAAGAUCGCGUACGCCACGUUCAACGACACGGACGUGAGAGUCAUGAGGGUACCGCACUAUGGCGUCCCCGGUUCUGUCAUGUACCAGUACACUCAGCAUCAUGAUAUCCGCUAUCCUAAGUCUGGUACCACGAACCCAACGGCUAGUGUUACCAUUGUGGACGUGGACACUUUCGAAGACACCACCUUUGAAGCUCCGGAGGAUUUGAAUGAGCCCAUCCUGAAGCCAGUUCGUUUCGUGACCAAUGACGUCAUUGCGCUAAUGUGGACAAACCGUGCUCAGACUACCUUCGUGGUCGAACUUUGCACUCAUCUUUCUAACUGCUCGCGGAUUUUCUCGUACACGGAAAGCAAUGGAUGGAUUGACAACAUCCCACUUAUUUUCAACGAACAAGGCACAUCUUUUAUAACAAUACUCCCAGCUACUGUUGAUGGUGUGCGGUACAAGCAAGUGGUCCAGGUCUCAGCGGGCCCUGCUGGUAGUUUGUGGACCCUCCAGAACCGCAUCAAUAACGCUCACACCGUUACUGGUAUCCUGAGGUGGACUACCGAUGAUAUCAUCUGGUACAAAGCAACCCACGUCAACGACACCGCUGAACAACACAUCUACAAUGUGAAUUCUGCCGGCGCCAUCUCAUGCUUCACUUGCCAAGUCCAGCCUUCAGAAGGCGAGUGCCUUUACAAUGACGGAGAAAUGAACAGGGAUGGUCACCUGCUUACUGUCAACUGUUUGGGACCUAAUCUACCCGAAGUGUACAUCUACAACACGACAGGCGAACUGAUUCGCGUAUGGGCGGACAACAGCCAACUCUCCGAAGCUGUGGCGCCACUAGACCUCCCUGCGACCAUCCGUUUGUCUGUACCUUCGGGAGCAGGUCUGCCAGAAAUCGAUGUCCAGAUCCAGGCACCAGCAGACUAUGAGAACCGCACUAAUGUUCCAUUACUGGUUUACGUAUACGGAGGUCCUGAUACGGCCUUAGUAACAAAAGAGUGGCUGCUUGACUGGGGUACCUCCCUUGUGAGUCGUCACGGUAUCGCCGUGGCUAGAAUCGAUGGGCGAGGGUCUGGUCUUCAUGGAGUCGACAACAUGUUCGCAUUGAACCGGCGACUGGGGUCGGUGGAAGUGGAAGACCAGAUUAAUGCCACGAGGAGUCUCCACACCCUCCUGCCGUGGUUGGCCAGCAAUCGCACGUGCAUCUGGGGCUGGUCGUACGGAGGGUACGCCGCCUCGCUGGCGCUGGCUCGCGGCGGCGGCGUGUUCCAGUGCGCGGCCGCCGUCGCGCCCGUGGUCGACUGGCGAUUCUAUGACACUAUUUACACGGAACGGUACAUGGACACUCCAGCCAACAAUCCCGAAGGAUAUUUAUCAUCUUCGCUAUUAUCUGAUGAAGUAGCGGAUUCCCUUCGCGACAAACAUUACUUCCUGAUCCACGGCACGGCUGACGACAACGUGCACUACCAGCACGCCAUGCUGAUCUCCAGGCUGCUGCAGCGGAGAGACGUAUACUUCACGCAGAUGAGCUACACAGACGAAGAUCAUGGUUUGAUCGGAGUAAGACCACAUCUCUACCACGCCCUCGAGAAGUUCCUAUCAGAGCAUUUGUUCUAAAAUAACGAUCUUUCGAAAAUUUGAAAGAGGUUUUUUUUUAAUGUGCCGACAUUUUAUAUAUAUAUUUUUGAGAUAUAUAGGUGUUCUUUUAACGGUUUCUAGCACAAAAUGAGAUUUUCAAAAUUAUUUUUUUCCCUUUAAAUUUAAUAGCACAAAUAUCAGUACAACUUAUUAUAAUUCAUCAUGAUUUUUUGUAAUUUAACUAGAUUAAAGUGAGUUAACGUGUGCCAACUAAUACCUAAAGUUACCUACCCAAUAUACAAGUAUUGUUAUAUUUUCAUUCAUUUAAAUAAAUAUUUAUCAUCUUUCUUUUAAAUAUGGUCAAUUCACGCACGCUUGAAGAACAAAUAUAAGUACCUAAUUAAUAACAAAGAUCAAGAGUUAUUAUAUUAUUAUAAUACCUAAAAUAAAAUAAGCCUUUUGCGAAGUGGUCUUUCUUUGAAUAAAUUUUAAAAGCUUACUUCAAAAUAAGUAAUUUAGUAUUAUCUUUACUUGGUCAUUAUUAAGAUACGGCUAAUUUAUUAUUCUUUAAAAAGCUCUCAGCCAAUCAUUUGUGAUAGGGUCAAUAUGAAAAUCGAUUGUGAUUGGCUGAAAGUUUUUGUAUGUUUAAGUAUGCGUGUUCUAAGUGUGACCAAGAUAAAAAAUUAACAUGAACAAAGUAUUUUCAAUUUUACGGUGUUACCUGUUUUAGUGCAAUAAUAAAUAAUUAGAUAGCUAUUAAAAGUCAUAUUUAUAUAAAUCAACUUGUACAUAUUUUUAAUGUCAAUUUUUGAAUUUUAUUCUGUGUAUUUUAAAAUAAUUUACAAUAUUUAAUACUACAGGGUUACCAGUGAAUAAUAACAAGAGUUUACAUUUUUAUGUAUGAAAGUAUUUCGAAGUACCUUAUAGAAUAAAUAGUGAUGUAAAAAUGAUGACAGAUAUUAAAUAUAUGUAGAUAUUAAAAUAUUUAAUGUACUUUAAGUACCGGACGUCUUAAUAAAUGUUUUUAGAUA